CUGGUGGGGAUCGUUCUACACUACAACAACAACAACUAUGGAGGUAGAUCCAGCAGACUAUGGUUACCAUGGCAACCAUCAUGGCCCCAGCCACAGUCAACAGCAGGGUGAUCACUUCCAUGGUUCCCAUGGCGACGCGGAGAAGACUGCUGAUGACUACGCUGCGGAGGCCAUGGCUGCGGACCUGGACCAGUGGAUCACGUUCGACGCUCGCAUCAAGGAUCUGUCUGACCUGGAUCCUUGGUUGGAUGAGUUUGCACCCUCCAAGGUGAUGAGGGAAGAUGGUGUAGGUUGGAUUUCGGUGCACGCUGAGUCAUAUGUGGACGACCCCCUACGCGAUGUUGUGCACCUCCAGGAAGGCUGGGAGAACUUGAAGCACUCCGGCCGGGCCGUCACCUUGGAGACGAUCACGUCCCUUGCACUGAACAACCACUGCACCUCGGGGAAGUGGCUGUUCCACGUAGAGAACGGCUUCAAAGUGGACUACGGAUGGAGUGCUAUAGCGAGGGGUGUGGUGGAAGGGAAGCUUGGCUCCUCGGCAAAAGUUAGUCCAGCUAGUAAAACUCCCGACGCCAACUUCAGGCACGUGGUGUGCGUGUACAACACAAAUUUCAACAACAGAGAUGAGGUGUGGCUGCUGGAGAAUGCCAUCCGUCGGGUGGGAAUCAAGUGCCCCAUGAGCUACAAGCCUGACGUCUACACUUGCCUCGGGAUCUACCGCAAAAACAAGUGGGGUCUGAGGCCAACCAUCUACCACAGUGAUUUUGAUGUCAGCAAGGGGUGUUCAGUUAUUGCCCCUUGCUUCUAGGUGCUGGCUAUGCCUAAGUUGUUAUUGCUGUAAAUUUUGAUUUCUGAUGUUGCACAAGGGGUAUUCAGUUAUUGCUCCCUGCUUCUAGGUGCUGGCUAUGCCUAAGUUGUUUUUGCUGUAAAUUUUGAAUUUCUAUGUUGCAAAGAUUGUUCCAAAGAUAUUUUUACAUUGACGGACGUAUCUCCUCUAGUGAGUUGAAUUUGAUGUUUGCAUGUCUUCUGUUUGUAUUUGAAUGAAAAAGGAGAAUUUUUUGUAUGGAAAUUAUUAUCUAUUGGAUUUCAUUUAAAAAUGUUCUUCUUGAACAAAACUUGCUUACAGAAAAAAGGUUUCAGUUCUUUACCGUACCUAAGUGAUAUGAAUAUAUUCGAUGUACCAAUAUAUAACAGUACCCAGCUAUGUAGAGAAAACAGUAGUAUUAGAGCAUGGUAUAUAAUACACUAAAAAAUUAAACAAAGUCUCUUUAGGCCCAACACUGUGACAAACAUUUACUCUGGCCUUUCUAUGAAAGGUUGCCUACAGCAUGUCUAGACUAGAGAUGCUUUUUGUAGACAAAAGGUGUAACUGUAUCAGGCAGCAAGUCAUUACUAACUAUAAAAGACUUGAAGUUGACUUUGAAUUUUGCUUAUGGAAGCAAAUACUUUUGAUCAUGAUAGUUUGAUUCAAGAUGUCUUGGAGUAUUAAAGUUGUAUAUAUUUUGU